GUGAAUCUGGCAGGUACGCUUGCGUGCUUGGCUCGUGGAGGCCGCGAGCAUGUAAAGCCUGGGCUCUCCUUGCGGUGCUCUCUACUCUGCCUUUCCACCGUUGCUCCAAUCAGCUCCGGCAUCAUGUACGGAGUGGACGGAGGCAAGGGCGGCACUGGCGGUGGCAAGGGCUCUGGCUUUGGCAAGGGCGCGGGCCCCUCUGGCGGACGUGCAGGCGGUGCCGGAGGUCACAGGCGUGCCUCGGGCUUGGGCGGUGGAGCGACGCCGCCAUGGCAUGUACCGCCACCACCGCCAGGAUGGUGGUGCCCCGCCUGCGGCGAGCUCAACUCGCCAGCAAGAGGCCCCUGCGAGCUGCGCCAGGCUGCGGUGGGGGGGUGCUGCAGUGCAGCCAGCUGGCCGACAUCCCAGGUUCGGAGAAGCAAGACGUCAUGA